AUGGAGGAUAAGGUAGUUUUGGAAAAACCUUUGAUGGAUGGUGAAAAGGUAGAUCUUGAACAAGCCCCAACACAUAUAGACACUCGCUUCCAAGCAGGAGAAAAGGUAAAUGACUUUGAAGUAGAUAUUGAUUUUUUAGCUAAGGUAAUGUCUAGAGAUAAACUUAUAGUUGCCCAGAGGUAUCAUUCCAGGAAUACUGAAACUGGUUAUGGAGACAAAAUUGUAAAUGUUAAUGUUAAGGUCGGAAGGACGAGAAAACCUGAAAAAGUUAAUGGGGAAAAUCCAGGUCAGUGUACAAUCCUCACCCAUGACAUCGAACUUCUACCAGGAACUGCUCCCAUACGACAACACCCUUAUCGCAUCAGCCCGGCCAAGAAACUAGUGAUGAAAGAAGAAGUGGAAUAUCUUCUGAGAGCUGGAUUAGCUAAACCAAGCAAGUCACCAUGGGUGUCUCCCUGUCUAUUGGUACCAAAGGAGGAUGGCAGCAUGUGCAGACUACAGGAGAGUAAAUUCUGCUACUGUUAA